AUGUGUCCUGAGGAAUCAGAUUUCAAGUGCAGCCUGAAUUUCAUCAGCUGCAUUGGUACCAACAAAUGCAUCCACUUGUCCCAGCUCUGCAAUGGGGUCUACGACUGCUCCGAUGGCUACGACGAGGGAGUUCAUUGCAGGGAGUUGCUGCCCAAGUGCCAGCAGAUGGAUUGCCAGUACAAAUGUGCCAUCACCAGGAACGGCACGUGGUGUUACUGCAGGGAUGGAUAUGAAACAAGCAGUGAUGGGAAAAGCUGCUCAGAUGUGAAUGAAUGUGACAUGUAUGGAAGCUGUAGCCAGACGUGUGUAAAUACAGAUGGAUCCUACACUUGCAGCUGUGUGGAGGGUUAUGUACUUCAGCCUGAUAACAAAUCCUGCAAGGCUAAAAAUAAGCCUGCUGAUAGACCUCCUCUUCUUCUGGUGGCAAGCUCUGAGACCAUUGAGGUUUUGUACCUCAAUGGCAGCAGAAUGUCAGCCCGGAGCCCUGUGAAGGGAUCUGCAGUGGUGAGCCUGGACUACAGCUACAGAGAGGACAGCCUGUGCUGGAUCGAGGCACGAGAUCUCUCCAGCCAGCUCAAGUGCUCCAAGAUCUCCAGAGCUGGGACCUUACCAGGGGAGUGGACAAUAAACAUGGCCCAGCACCUUCACAAUGUACAGCAAAUAGCAAUGGACUGGAUCACGGGGAAUUUUUACUUUGUGGAUGAUGUCAGUGACAGGAUCUUUGUCUGCAGCCAGAACGGGUCAGUGUGUGUGACCCUCAUCGAGCUGGACCUGAACAACCCCAAGGCCAUAGCUGUUGAUCCAACAUCAGGAAAGCUUUUCUUCACAGACUACGGGAAUGCUGCCAAGGUGGAGAGAUGUGACAUGGAUGGAAUGAACAGGACGUGGAUAGUGGACUCAAAAAUUGAACAGCCAACUGCUCUGGCACUAGACCUCAUCAAUAAAUAUGUGUACUGGCUUGACAUAUAUCUGGAGAGUGUGGAAGUUGUUGACUAUCAGGGGAGAAGGAGGCAAACAAUAACGAAAGGCAGACAAAUUAGGCAUCUUUGUGGUUUGGCAGUAUUUGAGAACUAUUUAUAUACAAUUAAUUCAGACAACUUCAGCAUUUUACGAAUAAACAGAUACAACGGGACUGAUGUUCAGGCUCUUGCUAGGCUGGACAAUGCUAAAGAGAUCCGUGUGUACCAGAAGAGAACUCAAGCAGCAGUCAGAAGCCACGCGUGCGAAGCGGAUCCCUACGGAAUGCCGGGGGGAUGCUCCCACCUCUGCCUGCUCAGCAGCAGCUACAAAGCACGGACCUGUCGCUGCAGGACUGGCUUCAUCCUGGGGAGCGAUGGCAGGUCAUGCAAAAGACCAAAGAAUGAAUUGUUUCUUUUUUACGGGAAGGGACGGCCAGGAAUAAUCCGGGGAAUGGACCUGAAUACCAAAGUGUCUGAUGAGUACAUGAUCCCCAUAGAGAACCUGGUCAAUCCUCGUGCUCUGGACUUCCAUGCUGAAACCAAUUACAUUUACUUUGCUGAUACCACCAGUUUCCUAAUUGGAAGACAGAAAAUUGAUGGCACAGAGCGAGAAACAAUCCUCAAAGACGAUCUUGAUAAUGUGGAAGGUAUAGCAGUGGACUGGAUUGGAAAUAAUCUGUAUUGGACCAAUGAUGGCCACAGGAAAACAAUUGCUGUUGCCAGACUGGAAAAAGCUGCUCAGAGUAGGAAAACUCUGUUGGAGGGAGACAUGUCUCACCCUAGAGGAAUUGUUGUCGAUCCUGUCAAGGGAUGGAUGUAUUGGACAGACUGGGAGGAAGAUGAAAUAGAUGCCAGCGUGGGGAGGAUUGAGAAGGCCUGGAUGGAUGGCUCCAGCCGGCAGGUUUUUGUCACAUCAAAGAUGCUCUGGCCAAAUGGUUUAACUCUGGACUACCGAGCCAAUGUGCUGUACUGGUGUGAUGCCUACUAUGAUCACAUUGAAAGGAUCUAUUUGAAUGGGACUGACAGAAAGGUAGUCUACAAUGGAAAAGAUUUGAAUCAUCCUUUUGGACUGUCACAUCAUGGAAAUUAUAUAUACUGGACAGAUUACAUGAAUGGGUCAAUUUUCCAGUUGGAUCUGGCACUGUUAAGAAGUGAGAGGCCACCCUUGUUCGGGCUCCAGAUUUAUGAUCCACGCAAACAGCAAGGUACUUAUGCAGUUUCUCCAGAGGUCUGCCAUAAAAGGACAUUUUUCAUUAGAGUCUCCAAGUAUUUUGAGAUGCAGCUGGUUUGGUUUAGUGCUUCAUCAGAGUGUGACUUUUUAAGACAAAACUUUGUGAGGUUCAAAUUCCCAACAUGUGAGCCCCUAACUCAGUUUAUCUGCAGAAAUGGAAGAUGCAUUAGCAGCAAAUGGCUCUGUGAUUCAGAUGAUGACUGUGGUGAUGGCAGUGACGAGCUGGGCUGUGUUCACUCGUGCUCUGCCGAGCAGUUCCGGUGUCAGAAUGGCAGAUGUAUCCCAGGGCACUGGGCAUGUGAUGGUGACAACGACUGUGGGGAUUUCAGUGAUGAAACCAAAACAAACUGCAGCAGGGAAGAAACUCCCUCUCCUGGAAGGUGCAGUGGGAGGGAAUUUCAGUGCAGUCCUGAUGGGAACUGCGUUCCUGAGCUGUGGCGCUGUGAUGGAGAAAAGGACUGUGAAGAUGGGAGUGAUGAGAAAGGCUGUAAUGGAACUCUGAGAGUGUGUGAUGACAAAACAAAGUUCUCCUGCAGGAGUACAGGGAGAUGCAUUAGCAAAGCGUGGCUAUGUGAUGGCGAUAUUGAUUGUGAGGAUCAGUCUGAUGAGGAUAAUUGCGAGGGCUAUUUGUGUGGACCACCAAAAUACCCUUGUGCUAAUGAUACCUCCAUCUGCCUACAGCCUGAGAAGCUCUACGAAUGUUCACUUAACAAUGGUGGGUGUAGCCAUCAGUGUUCUGUGGUUCCUGGAGGAAGAAUUGUGUGCUCCUGCCCUGCAGGAUUCAAUCUCACUUCGGACAACAAAACUUGUGAGAUUAUGGAUUACUGCACCAAGCACCUGAAGUGUAGCCAAGUUUGUGAACAGCAUAAAAACACUGUCAAGUGCUCGUGUUACGAAGGCUGGAAGCUCAGUAAGGAUGGAGAGAGCUGUGUCAGUACUGAUCCUUUUGAGGCUUUCAUAAUUUUUUCUAUUCGACACGAGAUCAGAAAAAUUGAUCUUCACAAGCGUGACUACAGCCUCUUAGUUCCUGGCUUAAGAAAUACAAUAGCCCUGGAUUUUCAUUUCAGCCAGAGUUUACUCUACUGGACAGAUGUGGUGGAGGACAAAAUUUACAGAGGCAAGCUCUCUGAUACUGGAGGCGUUAGUGCCAUUGAGGUUGUGGUACAACACGGCCUGGCCACUCCUGAAGGUCUGACUGUAGAUUGGAUAGCAGGAAACAUUUACUGGAUAGACAGCAAUUUGGACCAAAUUGAAGUAGCAAAACUCGAUGGCACUUUGAGAACAACAUUAAUAGCUGGAGCUAUGGAGCACCCAAGGGCCAUUGCUUUGGAUCCCAGAUAUGGAAUUCUGUUUUGGACAGACUGGGAUGCAAAUUUCCCUCGCAUUGAAUCCGCUUCCAUGAGUGGAGCAGAGAGGAAGAUCAUCUACAAGGAUAUGGACACUGGAGCCUGGCCCAACGGCCUCACCGUGGAUCACUUCGAAAAAAGAAUAGUGUGGACAGAUGCCAGAUCGGAUGCCAUUUAUUCUGCAUUGUAUGAUGGAACCAGCAUGAUAGAGAUUAUACGGGGUCACGAAUAUCUUUCUCACCCUUUUGCUGUUUCUUUGUAUGGGAGUGAAGUUUAUUGGACAGAUUGGAGGACCAAUACCCUCGCCAAAGCCAAUAAAUGGACUGGCCAAAAUGUCAGUGUAAUACAAAAAACAAGUGCUCAGCCAUUUGAUCUCCAGAUUUAUCAUCCAAGUCGUCAGCCACAAGCUCCCAACCCGUGUGCUGCUAACGAGGGCAAGGGUCCCUGCUCUCACAUGUGUCUGAUCAAUCACAACAGAAGUGCUGCCUGUGCCUGUCCACACCUGAUGAAACUGUCUUCAGACAAAAAAACAUGUUAUGAAAGAAAGAAGUUUCUUCUUUAUGCAAGGCGUUCAGAAAUAAGAGGGGUGGAUAUAGAGAACCCAUAUUUCAACUUCAUCACAGCUUUCACUGUUCCUGACAUUGAUGAUGUGACAGUCAUAGAUUUUGAUGCUGUUGAGGAGCGUUUAUACUGGACUGAUGUGAAAACACAGACCAUCAAACGGGCCUUCAUCAACGGGACUGGCUUAGAAACCAUCAUUUCAAGAGAUAUUCAGAGUAUCAGAGGUCUUGCAGUGGAUUGGAUAUCACGUAAUUUAUAUUGGAUUAGCUCAGAAUUUGAUGAAACACAAAUUAACGUGGCACAUUUGGAUGGUUCCUUGAAAACCUCAAUCAUCCAUGGAAUCGAUAAACCUCAGUGUCUUGCAGUUCACCCAGUUAAAGGUAAGCUGUACUGGACGGAUGGUAACACAAUCAACAUGGCAAACAUGGAUGGCAGCAACAGCAAAAUACUCUUUCAGAAUCAAAAAGAUCCUGUUGGUUUAUCAAUAGAUUAUGGGGAGAACAAGCUUUACUGGAUCAGUUCAGGAAAUGGAACCAUAAGCAGAUGCAAUUUGGAUGGUGGUAAUCUUGAAAUAAUUGAAUCAAUGAAAGAAGACUUAACAAAAGCCACAGCUUUAACCAUUAUGGAUAAAAAGCUUUGGUGGGCAGACCAGAACUUGGCUCAGAUUGGCACCUGCAAUAAAAAAGAUGGGAGAAACCCAACUGUCCUGAGAAACAAAACUGCGGGUGUUGUUCAUAUGAAAGUCUAUGAUAAAGCAGCACAGCAAGGCAGCAAUUCCUGCCAGUUGAACAACGGGGGAUGCUCCCAGCUUUGUUUGCCAACAUCAGAAACCACCCGAACUUGUGUGUGCACAGUAGGCUACAACCUCCAAAAAAACCGCAUGGCCUGCAAAGGAAUUGAAUCAUUUCUCAUGUACUCUGUUCAUGAGGGAAUUAGAGGGAUUCCUCUUGAUCCAAAUGAUAAAAUGGAUGCUUUAAUGCCAAUAUCUGGGGCUUCGUUUGCUGUGGGCAUAGACUUCCAUGCAGGAAAUGAUACAAUCUAUUGGACAGACAUGGGUUUCAACAAGAUCAGCAGAGCUAAGCGAGACCAAACGUGGAAAGAAGACAUUGUCACAAAUGGUUUGGGGCGAGUUGAAGGCAUUGCAGUGGACUGGAUAGCAGGUAACAUAUACUGGACUGAUCACGGCUUCAACCUGAUCGAGGUGGCGCGGCUGAAUGGCUCCUUCCGCUACGUGGUGAUCUCCCAGGGGCUGGACCAGCCACGCUCUAUCGCGGUACACCCAGAGAAAGGGUAUUUAUUUUGGACAGAGUGGGGACAGACCCCUUGCAUAGGCAGAGCACGUUUGGAUGGCUCUGAGAAGGUCGUCCUUGUGAGCCUGGGGAUUGCAUGGCCUAACGGGAUUUCCAUCGAUUAUGAGGAAAAUAAAUUGUAUUGGUGUGAUGCUCGUACGGACAAGAUAGAAAGAAUUGACCUUGAGAGUGGAGGGAAUCGGGAGAUUGUGCUGUCAGGGAGCAAUGUGGAUAUGUUUUCAGUUGCUGUGUUCGGAGCUUACAUCUACUGGUCUGACAGAGCACAUGCAAAUGGCUCUAUUAGAAGAGGCCACAAGAAUGAGGCCACGGAUGCUGUGACCAUGAGGACUGGCCUUGGAAUAAACCUGAAGGAAGUGAAAGUCUUUAAUAGAGCACGAGAGAAAGGUACCAACGUCUGUGCCAAGAACAACGGCGGGUGCCAGCAGCUGUGCCUUUAUCGCGGGGACGCGCGGAGAGCUUGCGCCUGCGCUCACGGGUACCUGGCAGAGGAUGGAAUCAGCUGCCUCAGGCACGAGGGUUACCUGCUCUACUCAGGAAGGACCAUAUUGAAAAGCAUCCACCUUUCAGAUGAGACCAACCUGAAUUCCCCUGUGAGGCCCUAUGAAAACCCAGAGUACUUCAAAAAUGUGAUAGCGCUGGCCUUUGACUACAGCCUGAAGGGCAGGGGCACCAAUCGCAUAUUCUUCAGUGAUGCCCACUAUGGAAACAUCCAGGUUAUUAAAGACAACUGGGCUGGCAGAAAAGUGCUAAUUGAAAAUGUGGGCUCGGUGGAGGGCCUGGCUUACCACAGAGCUUGGGACACUCUGUACUGGACCAGCUCCACCACCUCCUCCAUCACCAGGCACACCGUGGACCAGCGGCGCCGCGGGGCCUUCAACCGCGAGGCCGUGAUCACCAUGGCUGAGGAUGAUCAUCCCCACGUGCUGGCCCUGGAUGAGUGCCAAAACUUAAUGUUUUGGACUAACUGGAAUGAGCAGCUCCCAAGCAUCAUGAGAUCCACCCUCUCAGGCAAAAAUGCCCAGGUUAUCAUUAGCACUGAUAUUCUGACACCAAAUGGACUCACCAUUGAUCACAGGGCGGAGAAACUUUACUUUUCAGAUGGCAGCUUGGGAAAAAUUGAGAGGUGUGAAUAUGAUGGAUCACAAAGAUAUGUCAUUGUCAAGUCUGGCCCAGGUACCUUCCUCAGCCUGGCAGUGUAUGAUGAGUACAUCUUCUGGUCAGAUGGGGUGAGGAGAGCCAUCCUGCGUUCCAGCAAAUACACAGGAGGAGACACCAAAGUUCUCCGCUCCGAUAUCCCGCACCAGCCAAUGGGAAUCAUCGCUGUUGCCAACGACACCAACAGCUGUGAGUUAUCUCCCUGUGCACAAAUGAAUGGAGGCUGCCAUGAUUUGUGCCUUCUGACGCCUGAUGGACGCGUGAACUGCUCGUGCAGAGGGGACAGAGUCCUGAUAGAUGAUAACAGAUGUGUGAGUAAAAAUUCUACUUGCAACAUCUAUUCAGAGUUUGAAUGUGGGAAUGGUGAAUGCAUUGAUUAUCAGCUGACUUGUGAUGGCAUUGCUCACUGUAAGGACAAAUCUGAUGAGAAGCUUUUCUACUGUGAAAACAGGGGCUGUCGGAAGGGCUUCAAGCCAUGCUCCAAUCGCCGCUGCGUUCCCAGCGACAAAGUCUGUGAUGGUGCCGAUGACUGUGGUGACAACUCUGAUGAAUUUGACUGCAAAGACUCAGCGUGCGCCUCGACAGAAUUCCGCUGUGCAGAUGGGGUUUGCGUCGGGAAAUCGGCGCGGUGCAACCAGAUCAUCGACUGUGCAGAUGCCUCGGAUGAAAAGAACUGCAAUAAUACGAACUGUGCUUAUUUCUACAAACUUGGGAUAAAAUCUUCAGGAUUUAUCAGCUGUAAUUCGACUUCUCUCUGUAUACUGCCAGAAUGGAUUUGUGAUGGAUCUAAUGACUGUGGAGAUUAUACAGAUGAACUGAAAUGCCCAGUUCAAAACAAACCCACAUGUGAAGAAAAUUAUUUUGGUUGUCCUAGUGGAAGAUGUAUUCUGACCACCUGGCUUUGUGAUGGGCAGAAAGACUGUGAGGACGGAGUAGAUGAAUUGCACUGUGAUUCAUCCUGCUCAUGGAAUCAGUUUGCUUGCUCUGCACACAAGUGCAUCUCCAAGCAGUGGACCUGCGAUGGUGAGGACGACUGUGGAGAUGGGCUAGACGAGAGCGAUGCCAUUUGCGGCUCAGUGACCUGUGCUGCAGACACCUUCAGCUGCCUGGGCUCCCACGCCUGCGUGCCCCAGCACUGGCUCUGUGACGGCGAGCGCGACUGUCCCAACGGGAGCGAUGAGCUGUCCACAGCGGGCUGUGCUCCCAAUAACACUUGUGAUGAGAAUGCUUUCAUGUGCCAUAACAAAGUCUGCAUUCCCAAACAGUUUGUUUGUGACCACGAUGAUGACUGUGGAGAUGGAUCAGAUGAAUCCCUGGAAUGUGGGUAUCGUCGCUGUCGUCCUGGGGAGUUUACCUGUGCUGAUGGGCGGUGCCUGCUGAAUUCCCAGUGGCAAUGUGAUGGGGAUUUCGACUGCCCAGACCACUCUGAUGAAGCACCCAUCAACACCAAGUGCAAAAGUUCAGAGCAGUCAUGUAACAGCUCUUUUUUUAUGUGCAAAAAUGGCAAGUGCAUUCCUCAGAGGGAGGUUUGUGAUAACAAAGAGGAUUGCAGUGAUGGGUCUGAUGAGAAAAGCUGCCACGUUAAUGAAUGCCUCAGUAAGAAAGUCAGUGGCUGUUCCCAAGAUUGUCAGGACCUUCCUGUUGGAUACAAGUGCAAAUGCUGGCCUGGAUUCCUCCUGAAGGAUGAUGGCAAAACAUGUGUAGAUAUCGAUGAGUGUUCAUCUGGAUUUCCCUGUAGCCAGCAAUGCAUCAAUACCUAUGGAACCUACAAAUGCUUGUGUGCAGAAGGGUAUGAAACACAGCCUGAUAACCCAAAUGGCUGCAAGUCCCUUUCAGAUGAGGAACCUUUCUUAAUUCUGGCUGAUCAUCAUGAAAUAAGAAAAAUUAGCACUGAUGGAUCCAACUACACUUUGUUGAAACAGGGGCUGAACAAUGUGAUUGCAAUAGACUUUGACUACAGAGAAGAGUUCAUUUAUUGGAUUGAUUCCAGCAGACCAAAUGGCAGUCGCAUAAACAGAAUGUCUUUAAAUGGAAGUGACAUCAAGGUAAUUCACAAUACAGCUGUUCCCAAUGCCCUGGCUGUUGAUUGGAUUGGGAAGAAUCUCUAUUGGUCUGAUACUGAAAAGAGAAUUAUUGAGGUGUCUAAACUCAAUGGCUUGUACCCAACCGUCCUUGUGAGCAAGAGAGUGAAGUUUCCCAGAGAUCUGUCUUUAGAUCCUCAAGCUGGAUACUUGUACUGGAUUGAUUGCUGUGAGUCCCCCCACAUUGGCCGUGUUGGGAUGGAUGGAUCCAGGCAAGCUGUGGUUAUAGAAACACAGAUAUCCAGGCCUAUGGCUCUCACCAUAGACUACGUCAACCACAGGCUCUACUGGGCUGAUGAAAAUCACAUUGAGUUUUCUGACAUGGAUGGAUCUCACAGGCACAAAGUCCCUAACCAAGACAUCCCAGGGGUGAUCGCACUGACCUUGUUUGAAGACUACAUCUACUGGACAGACGGGAAAACCAAAUCCCUCAGCCGUGCCCACAAAACCUCUGGCUCGGACAGGCUGUCCCUGAUUAACUCGUGGCACACCAUCACAGACAUCCAGGUGUAUCAUCCCUACAGGCAGCCCGAUGUGUCCAGACAUGUGUGCACGCUGAACAACGGGGGCUGCAGCCACCUGUGCCUGCUGGCCCCUGACAAGCUGCACUCCUGUGCCUGCCCCACCAACUUCUACCUGGCCGCGGACAACAGGACGUGCCUGUCCAACUGCACCGCCAGCCAGUUCCGUUGCAAAACCGACAAGUGCAUCCCAUUCUGGUGGAAGUGUGACACCGUGGACGACUGCGGGGACGGCUCCGACGAGCCCGCUGAGUGCCCUGAAUUCAGAUGUCAGCCAGGACGUUUCCAGUGUGGCACUGGACUUUGUGCUCUUCCAGCCUUUAUCUGUGAUGGAGAGAACGACUGUGGGGACAAUUCUGAUGAACUUAACUGUGACACACACGUGUGUCUGUCAGGGCAGUUCAAGUGCACAAAGAACCAGAAGUGUAUCCCAAUAAACCUGAGAUGCAAUGGUCAGGAUGACUGUGGUGAUGAAGAAGAUGAAAGAGACUGUCCUGAAAACAGUUGUUCUCCAGACCACUUCCAAUGUAAAACAACAAAGCACUGCAUUUCCAAGCUGUGGGUGUGUGAUGAGGACCCAGAUUGUGCAGAUGGGUCAGAUGAAGCAAACUGUGAUAAAAAAACUUGUGGUCCUCAUGAGUUCCAGUGCAAAAACAACAACUGCAUUCCAGAUCACUGGAGAUGUGACAGCCAGAAUGAUUGUGGAGAUAAUUCUGAUGAAGAGAACUGUAAGCCUCAAACAUGCACUUUGAAAGACUUUCUGUGUGCAAAUGGAGACUGUGUUUCAGCAAGAUUCUGGUGUGAUGGAGACUAUGACUGUGCAGAUGGUUCAGAUGAGAGGUAUUGUGAAACAGGCUGUUCUCGGGACCAGUUCCAGUGCUCCAAUGGCCAGUGCAUCUCAGCAAAAUGGAAAUGUGACGGUCACGAGGACUGCAAACUUGGGGAUGACGAGAAAAAUUGUGAACCAGCAUCUCCAACCUGCUCUUCAAGUGAGUACGUGUGUGCAAGCGGAGGCUGCAUUUCCGCAUCUUUGAAAUGCAACGGGGACUUGGACUGUGCAGAUGGAUCUGAUGAGAUGGAUUGUGUAACAGAAUGUAAAGAAGAUCAAUUUCGGUGCAAAAACAAGGCCUACUGUAUCCCUGUGCGAUGGCUUUGUGAUGGGAUCCAUGACUGUGUGGAUGGCAGUGACGAAGAAAACUGUGACCAAGGGGGAAAUAUAUGUAGAGCUGAUGAAUUUUUGUGCAACAAUUCCCUCUGCAAACUACAUUUUUGGGUUUGUGAUGGUGAGGAUGACUGUGGAGAUAACUCUGAUGAAGUUGCUGAAAUGUGUGCAAAGUUUCCCUGCCCUCCAACAAGGCCGUACAGAUGUAGAAACAACAGGGUUUGUCUGCGGCCUGAGCAGAUUUGCAAUGAGGUCGAUGACUGUGGUGAUAACUCGGAUGAAGAUCACUGUGAUAAAAUCACAUAUAAAGCCAGACCGUGUAAAAAAGAUGAGUUUGCUUGCAAUGACAAGAAAUGCAUUCCCAUGGAGCUGCAGUGCGAUUGGUUUGAUGACUGCGGAGAUGGCUCAGAUGAGCAAGACUGCAAAAUAAGUGUUGCUGAAUAUACAUGUGAAGAUAAUGUGAAUCCUUGUGGAGAUGAUGCAUUCUGUAAUCAAACAAAAUCAUCCCUUUUGUGUCAGUGUAAACCUGGAUUUCAGAGAAACAGAAGGAAUAGACAAUGUGAAGAUAUCAAUGAGUGCAUGAUAUUUGGUGUCUGCUCCCAACACUGCCAUAAUUUAAAGGGCUCUUACAGAUGUGUGUGUGAGAAAAAUUAUAAGGAGAGGAAUAACAGUUGCAUAGCAAAAGGCUCUGAAGAUCAAGUUCUCUAUGUUGCUAAUGACACUGACAUCCUGGGUUUUGCAUAUCCAUUCAACUACAGUGAUGCUCAUCAGCACAUAUCACAUAUUGAACACAAUUCAAGGAUAACUGGAAUGGAUGCAUAUUUUCAAGGGGAUAUGAUUGUUUGGAGCACUCAGUUUAAUCCAGGAGGGAUUUUCUACAGAAAACUUCACGACAGAGAGAGAAGGCAGAGUAACAGUGGCUUGAUAUGUCCAGAGUUCAAAAGGCCCAGGGGCAUUGCUGUGGACUGGGUGGCUGGGAAUAUUUACUGGACUGAUCAUUCCCGAAUGCACUGGUUCAGCUACUACACAACUCACUGGACCAGCCUGAGGUACUCCAUCAAUGUGGGACAGCUGAAGGGACCCAACUGCACCAGGCUCCUCACCAGCAUUGCAGGAGAGCCAUACGCAAUCGCUGUCAAUCCUAAAAAGGGGAUGAUGUACUGGACAGUUAUUGGGGAUCGUUCUCACAUAGAGGAAUCAUCUAUGGAUGGUACUCUGAGAAGGAUACUGGUUCAAAAGAACCUGCAAAGGCCUACAGGUCUCGUAGUUGAUCAGUUCAGCCAGCGCUUGUUCUGGGCUGAUUUUGAGUUAUCUGUUAUUGGCAGUGUUCUUUUUGAUGGAUCCGACUCAGUUGUGUCUGUGAGCACAAAACAAGGUUUACUGCAUCCACAUAGGAUUGAUAUUUUUGAGGAUUACAUAUAUGGAGCAGGUCCUAAAAACGGUGCAUUUAGGGUGCACAAAUUUGGCAAGAGCCUUGUAGAAUAUCUAAGUGUGGAUGUUGAUAAAGCAAAAAGUGCCUUGAUUUUUCACCGCUACAAACAAAUGGACUUGCCUAAUCCCUGCUUGGACCUGACGUGUGAAUUCAUUUGUUUACUCAACCCUUCUGGUGCAACAUGUGCUUGUCCAGAAGGAAAGUCAUUGAUGAAUGGAACAUGCAUUGAUCAGAGCCUCCUAGAUGACAGCUGCAAAUUAACCUGUGAGAAUGGAGGGAAGUGCAUUAUAAAUGAGAAGGGGGAUCCCAGAUGCCACUGCUGGCCAAGCUACUCUGGAGAAAGGUGUGAAACCAACCACUGCUACAACUACUGCCAGAACGGAGGGACCUGUGGGGCCUCUCUCCUUGGCCGGCCGACCUGCAGCUGCGCUCUGGGUUUUACGGGGCCGCGCUGUAACCAGACGGUGUGUGAGCGCUUCUGCCAGAACGGGGGCACCUGCAGUGUCACUGCUGGCAACCAGCCCUUCUGUGCCUGCCUGCCUGAGUACACAGGAGACAGGUGCCAGUACUAUGUUUGCCACCAUUACUGCGUGAAUUCCGAGUCGUGCACGAUUUCUGGCGACGGGAGCGUGGAGUGCGUGUGCCCGGGGCGCUUCGAAGGCCCCAAGUGCGAGGUGGACAAAUGCAUCAGGUGCCACGGGGGACGCUGCAUCAUAAACAAGGACAGCAAUGAUGUGGUGUGCAAUUGCACAAAUGGAAAGAUUGCCUCUACCUGUCAGCUGUGUGAUGGCUACUGCUACAAUGGUGGCACCUGUCAGUUGGACCCAGAGACAAAUAUACCUGUCUGUCUAUGUUCAGCCAACUGGUCAGGCACACAGUGUGAGAGGCCAGCUCCCAAAAGCAGCAAGUCUGACAACAUCAGUACCAGAAGCAUAGCAAUCAUUGUUCCUCUUGUUUUACUGGUGACUUUGAUCACUACUCUUGUAAUUGGACUAUUUCUUUGCAAAAGAAAACGAAGGACAAAAACUAUCAGAAGACAACCCAUGAUAAAUGGAGGAAUCAACGUAGAAAUUGGCAAUCCAUCAUAUAACAUGUAUGAGGUGGGCCAUGACCACAGUGAAGGUGGUCUUUUAGCCUCAGAUUUUACUCUAAAUGCAGAAAAGGCCAGAUACAUAGGGGGAGGGUCCACUGCAUUCAAGCUUCCCCACACAGCUCCAUCAAUCUACCUAAACUCUGACUUGAAAGGACCACUAUCAACAGGGCCAACAAAUUACGCCAAUCCAGUAUAUGCAAAGUUAUACGUGGAUGGACAAAACUGUCGAAACUCCUUAGCAAGUGUUGAUGAAAGAAGAGAACUUCUUCCAAAGAAAAUAGAUAUUGGGAUAAGGGAGACUGUGGCAUAAUCUGCUGUUACCUUUUAUACUCUGUAUAAAUGUAUAAAAUAUAAGGAUUACUUUUCUAUGUACCAACAGUAUUAUAAUUGUUUUGGCAUCAGCAUUACCUCUGUUUUUUGUUUGGUUGAUUGUUUUCUGGGUUUUUCUUUUGCUGAUGACUUUUGACUGACCAUUUGUAAGGUAUUUUUAUGAAAAAGAAACUGCACUACGGUACAAUUUACAACAAUGCUGCUGAAAUAACACACCUUUAAAUUUGUUAAAAUGGCAAACAACAUAUUCGUUUGUAGCGUGAAAAUGAGCAAUCUAUUUUCUAUGAACUUUUUUGGUUCUACUUAAUCAAUGAAGAUGGUAUCUGCACUUUUUCAUUAUGUAGUCUGGAAACUGUAGUACAGUGUGUAAUUUUGUUUAUUUUAAAUGGUGAAAGAAUGAUUGAAUGGUCUACUCUCUUCUUUGUGCCCAUUAGAAUUUCUCUUCAGAUCCUGAUGAAGCUAGAUAACUUUUCACAAACAAACAUAACUUGCUUUUUAAUUAGCUUUAGGCUGCCAAGAAGUAAACAAGACUAUAGAGGUGAAACAUCUAAUGAUCUGCAUGAACACAAUGAUUAUGUUUCAGAAAUUCAGUGACUGUACAUGAUAUACUAAACAUAUAUACCAUGUAAACAAGCUUUGUAUUUAUUAAAACCUUAUAGAACAUAGUAACGAUAUAUCUUGGAAGCUGAAACCUUACUUGCUGUGGGACAAAGCAUACCAACUCCAACAGGCCUGUAGGACAGUAGCCACCCUAGAGCACAAGAGGGCAUUGCCUACACAUGCUUUACAUGUUUAUUCACUUAAUCACACGCAGUUCUUAUGGAUUGAUAACUCCCCAACACACAGCGAGCAGUAGGGAAAAAGCCAGACCCCAAACUUUAAGCACACGCAGAUGGAUCACAGCAUUCGGUUUUGACAAUCACAAAAAACCCCCCUCACACCUGUUCAGUGAUAUUAAAGGAUUCAAAACACAGCAGUUUCCUAAAAUUGAGAUAAACUGUGGUAUUGUGGAGGUAAAAGGAACCAAGCUGUACAUUAGUGACACCUUAGCAAAGCCCAAGUUUCAGCAGUCUGGGUUCAAUAUCAAAGUCCAGUAUCAAAAGUGAAAAGCAUCAGUAUCAGUUUCCAGCACUUUUCUGACCUGGCCUGUUUUCUGUUGUUGCUAAGAGGCAAAAUCGACUCACCUUUUUUAAUUUUCAUGGAAAUAAAUAAUGCGAUUACUUUCAGGUUUGAACUGAAUCAGAAUAUUUUAUACAUAACUUUAAAGGCACAAACGACGUAUUCACACAUUUUACUGUGGAGGACUCUUCCUUCCUCUGCUAGACAUGACUGACUUUUAGCUAUCAUAAUAUAUUAACCUAACAGAUUAAAUAUGUUUGUGGUUGCUCUUUAUUCCCUUUGUACAAGCAUUACAAAAAUAACUGCUGUUUUAUAAGAGAUUUUUGUUGUACUAUUGUGCAUGCAUACUACCUAUUUCUAAACUUUGCCAUAUUGGGGCCUUUAUAAAACUCUUGAUUUAUGUAAUACUAGUGCAAUUUUGCUUGAACAAUGUUAUGCAUAUCAUAAACUUUUUCAGGUUCUUGUUUAAGUACAUUUUUUUAAAUUGAACAGUAUUUUUCAUUUUGGUUAUAAUAGUCAUUUUGCCUAUGUUUCUACAAUGAAGUGUUAAAUACUUUAUAAAAAAA